AAAGUACGAAGCCGCUUAGGAAGCAAUCGCGGAAGCGCAGGGUUCGCUUUCUUAUAAGACCAGAGAUCUCAUCCGUUUUGAGUGUUGUGUCGAGGCGAAAAUCGAUAACAGUUCACUGCUACAUCUCUGCAAUCGACUCUUCAGUAUUCUGGUGAUAUUGGGGAGAUUGCAGGGGAUUUUUUGGGGGAGUAGAGUGAUUGAUGGGAAAAGGAGGGCAGAAUUAUGGGAGCACUACGGAUGCUGGCGGCAGAACGGCGGCCGACCAGGAUGUGUUUCCGGCAUGGUCGAAGGAUGUGAAGGAGUGUCUGGACAAGUUCCAAGUGAGCUUGGAGAAGGGGUUAUCUGAGGAGGAAGCUAUUAGGAGGAGAGAAAUUUAUGGCUCGAAUGAGUUUGAGAAGCAUGAGGGACCGUCGAUUUUUAAAUUGAUUUUGGAUCAGUUUAAUGAUACACUAGUGAGGAUUUUGCUUGCUGCUGCUGUGAUAUCGUUUGUUUUGGCUUGGUAUGAUGGAGAUGAGGGUGGUGAGAUGGGGAUCACUGCUUUUGUGGAGCCUCUGGUGAUAUUCUUGAUUCUGAUUGUUAAUGCCGCAGUAGGUGUUUGGCAGGAGAACAAUGCAGAGAAAGCUUUGGAAGCUUUGAAGGAGAUUCAGUCCGAGCAUGCAACUGUGAUUCGUGAGGGAACUAAAGUUUCCAGCUUGCCUGCUAAGGAUCUUGUUCCAGGGGACAUUGUUGAGUUGAAAGUAGGGGAUAAAGUGCCGGCUGACAUGAGAGUAUUGAAUUUAAUUAGCUCAACUCUCCGUCUUGAGCAGGGGUCCUUGACUGGAGAGAGUGUAGCUGUGAGUAAGAAUACUAAGGUUGUACCAGAAGAGGUUGAAAUCCAGGGGAAAAAAUGCAUGGUCUUUGCAGGUACGACUGUAGUCAAUGGACACUGCUUCUGCUUGGUUACUCAAACUGGGAUGAACACGGAGAUAGGAAAGGUGCAUUCUCAGAUUCAUGAGGCAUCACAGAGUGAGGAAGAUACACCAUUAAAGAAAAAGCUUAAUGAGUUUGGAGAGGCUUUGACUGCUAUUAUUGGUGUAAUUUGUGCUCUAGUUUGGCUGAUUAAUGUGAAGUACUUCCUUUCUUGGGAGUUUGUUGAUGGAUGGCCUAGGAAUUUUAAGUUUUCAUUUGAGAAGUGCACUUAUUACUUUGAAAUUGCAGUUGCUUUGGCUGUUGCUGCCAUUCCAGAAGGUUUGCCUGCAGUUAUUACAACAUGCUUGGCACUUGGCACACGUAAGAUGGCUGCUAAGAAUGCUCUUGUUCGCAAGCUGCCCAGUGUUGAAACUCUUGGUUGUACAACAGUUAUUUGCUCAGAUAAAACAGGUACAUUGACUACCAAUAAGAUGUCAGUGGCUAAGCUGGUUGCCAUGGGUUCCAAGUCAAACAUUACGCGGUCAUUCGAUGUUGAAGGGACAACAUAUGAUCCUUUUGAUGGAAAAAUACAUGAUUGGCCAUUGGGGCGGAUGGAUUCUAAUCUUCAAAUGAUUGCAAAGAUUGCAGCUAUCUGCAAUGAUGCUAACAUUGAAAAAUCAGGGGAUCAUUAUGUGACCACUGGAAUGCCUACUGAGGCAGCAUUAAAGGUUCUUGUUGAGAAAAUGGGACUUCCUGAUGGCCUAGAUACUGGUUCUUCCAAAACUUACAGUGAUGCACCAUGUUGCUCUUCCACAUGGAACAAAAUUGAACGACGAAUUGCUACUCUUGAGUUUGAUCAUGAUAGGAAGUCCAUGGGUGUGAUUGUAAGCUCCAGCUCCGGACAAAAGUCAUUGUUAGUGAAGGGUGCAGUUGAAAGUUUGUUAGAAAGGAGUUCCUAUGUGCAAUUGUUGGAUGGUUCAGUUGUAGAACUAGAUGGCAAUUCAAGACAUGCGAUAUUGCAAAGCCUUAGCGAAAUGUCCUCCAAAGCAUUGCGUGUUUUAGGUUUUGCAUAUAAGGUGGACUUACCUGAGUUUGCAACAUAUAAUGGUGAUGACGACCACCCAGCACAUGAGCUAUUGCUUAAUCCUGCCAAUUACCCUUCAAUUGAGAAUAAACUCAUAUUUGUUGGCUUGACUGGUAUAAGGGAUCCUCCUCGGAAAGAGGUGCGUCAAGCUAUACAGGAUUGCAGAGAUGCUGGAAUUCGUGUUAUAGUUAUAACAGGAGAUAACAAGAAUACAGCUGAAACUAUUUGCCGUGAAAUUGGUGUCUUUGGAUCCCAUGAGAACAUUACUUCAAGAAGCUUAACCGGAACACAAUUUAUGGGACUUGCUGACCCGAAAUCACAUUUAAGACAAAGUGGAGGGCUUCUAUUCUCUAGGGCAGAGCCAAGGCAUAAACAAGAGAUAGUGAGGAUUCUCAAAGAAGAUGGUGAGGUGGUUGCUAUGACUGGGGAUGGGGUGAAUGAUGCACCUGCCCUCAAAUUGGCUGAUAUUGGAAUUGCAAUGGGAAUUACAGGAACUGAGGUAGCAAAGGAAGCUUCGGACAUGGUUCUAGCAGAUGAUAAUUUUAGCACAAUUGUUGCUGCUGUUGGGGAAGGCAGGUCAAUAUACAACAACAUGAAGGCAUUCAUCAGGUAUAUGAUUUCCUCAAACAUUGGGGAGGUUGCUUCUAUAUUUCUUACGGCUGCUUUAGGAAUUCCCGAGGGUCUGAUCCCAGUUCAACUUCUGUGGGUCAACCUGGUCACUGACGGACCCCCGGCAACAGCAUUGGGUUUCAAUCCACCAGACCAAGAUAUAAUGAAAAAACCACCGAGGAGAAGUGAUGACUCACUUAUCAAUGCUUGGAUCUUGUUCCGCUAUCUGGUGAUUGGAAUGUAUGUUGGUGUAGCAACUGUUGGGGUUUUUGUCAUCUGGUACACCCAUAACUCAUUCCUUGGCAUCGACCUAAGCGGAGAUGGCCACAGCCUGGUCACUUAUUCCCAGCUUUCUAACUGGGGUCACUGCAGUUCGUGGAAGAAUUUCACAGCAUCACCCUUUACAGCAGGAUCUCAAGUGAUCAGUUUUGAUGAUAACCCAUGCGACUACUUCCAGGCUGGCAAAAUCAAAGCCACGACACUAUCCUUGUCUGUCUUGGUCGCUAUUGAGAUGUUUAAUUCCCUCAAUGCCCUUUCCGAAGACGGAAGCCUCGUGACAAUGCCUCCUUGGGUCAAUCCAUGGCUACUUAUAGCAAUGUCUGUCUCCUUCGGCUUGCACUUCUUGAUACUUUACGUGCCAUUCCUGGCUCGAGUAUUUGGCAUCGUGCCCCUCAGCCUGAACGAGUGGUUGCUGGUAUUGGCAGUCGCGUUGCCUGUGAUAUUGAUAGAUGAGGUCCUCAAGUUUGUGGGCAGGUGUACAAGUGGAGUACGGAGAAGAGAAAGGGAAACUGGAAAGCACAAGGCAGAGUAAAUGGCCUAUAUAUUGGGGAAUCAACCUGGAAUAUGGUGAAAAGCCAAAUCAUGAGACUACACUUGAUUCAUUAGAAAAGAAAAACCUCUCAAGGUAGGUUGAAUUAGAUUUACUGUUGGUCCCUGUCUUUAAAAAUCUUUGAACCCCUCCCGUUGAACUAACCAAGGGUUAUUUUGGACCAAACAGAUUUAAUUAGAUUCAUUAGACGCCUAUAUUACUCGUGAUGAUAGGGGUUAGUGAAGGAUAAUUAUUUGUUGCAAGAUCAUGUGUUAAUUAUAAUGUUGACAAACAGCUUAUAUCAAAUUGGACUUGAUUCUGCAAAUUGCUGAAGCUUAGUUUAAUUA